CGUCACUCAUUGGUGGGAAUUUUCGUUCACCAGACAACGACAACGGUUCAUUCAGUCUGGUCGAGUUAGUUUGUCGCUGUCUUUCAGAUAGUGAACAUCGCAGCUAUGACAGUUGAAAGUGACGACAUUGUUUCGUAGUAAUCUAGUGAGUUGUGACACAAAGUGAUGUUACAAUAUCAAAUGGUGAUAUGCUUGACAAACAAGUGCUUCACAGUGAAUCGAAUUUUUUGGAUUAUCAUUGAAAAUAAGCGCUGAAUAGAGGGACUAAAUGGAGUCAGAUUAUCAUUGGUUGAUAACAGCCACCUUGGUAGCUUCUUCAGUGGUUGCUAUAACAGCGAAUUUUUUUCUACUGUUGGUUUUUUGCAGACGUAGAGGUCUCAGAACUGUACCUAAUAGAUUUGUGAUCAAUCUGUUAGUGACAAAUCUGUUGAGUAGUAUACUGCUGAUCCCAUUGCUACUAACAGACCAGGGAUUUUCUUUUGGUGGUACCAGUCUAAACUCUACUGUGAACACUACGGAGUUAAUAGAGAAAAUUGAAAUUAAAGAAGUAUUGAGUGAUAGUGAUAGUUCCACCAUAUUAAAUAGAGAUAUUGAGAUUAUACAAAAUGGUUUUGGUGAAGAAGAUACAACAAAUAGAGUGUUACUGUGCUAUUUCGCACAAAGUUCGACUAGUUUUGUGUGUACUGCAUCAAUAUUCAGUAUUCUUUUGAUUGGUAUCAACCAGUAUUUUGGAGUGAUACAUUCUCUAAGAUAUCACUUCUACAUCAACAAAUGCAGAAGCUCAAUAUUUAUCAUCAGCAGUUGGGUGGUGUCACUACUGUGUUCCAUAUUGGGUACCCUAACUUAUAGUGACAACUCACUGUGGAACUUCUGCAGUACUUCUAGUGAACCAAGUGAUAUCCUAAGAAUACUAAACACAGUCUACGCCAUAUCCUACUUCAUUAUGGUGAUUCUGGCCCCUUUUGCCGCCAUUUGCCUCAUAUAUUACUGCAUAUACAAUGCCGCACAUAAAAACAGUGAACGCAUGCGCAAAUCCACAAGCAGUAAUGCCAACCUUGAAUACACACAGGUGGCAGUUCCAAGGAACAUACCUAAAGUACAGAGUGCGCCAAAUUUCGGCAACCUAGUGAAAAACAACUAUAAAGAAAGUGAGGUUAAGGACGACAGUGCGAAGACGGCGAACAACGGCAACUUUAUAAACAAUUUGAAACAUAAAAUUAGCAACGCGUCGGUUUUUAAGUACAGGGAAGAAACAAGGGCUGCCAAAAUCAGCAUUAUAGUGAUUUUGACGGUUCUAGUUUGCUACAUACCCUACGGUAUAACUUUGGUGCUGAGUUGCGAAUUCAUCAAGGUCAAACCGGGGCAAAUCUUCAACUACCUCUCCUUGAUUUUGCUGGUAUUUUCCAACAUAAUAUCGCCCUUUUUGUUUGGUUAUCGAAACAAGCGGAUCAAAAGGGAAAUAGGGAAAAUGCUGGGCAUCGCCAAACCGACCAAUCACAACCGAAUAUCGACCCUGCCGCGCGACAAGAUAACCCGCAACCACAGCCUGGAAAACGAACUUUUUCUGAACGUCCCGGAAGUGAUCAUAACCUACAAGCCGGAAAACGAAAGGAAAAGUAUACUGAAAAAAUACACCUCCAGCUGGACCAGCUACAAAAAAUGCAAUUUUAUCACUGUACCGGACGGGUGUUGUUCCGGGGAAGCCCGCGGUAGUUUUUCCAGCGCAAGUACGCAAAUAUCGAACGAGGAAUAACACCCUGUACAUUCAAAACUUAAUAACUUUAAAACAAAAAGAGAUAACAAAAAAGUUCAAAGAGAAAAUUUUGUUGAUACUCAAAAACCCACACGAUAACAUU